AUGUCAUCAAAAAAGGUGACAAAUGGUGAUAACCAGCAGCAAAUGAACGAGGGCAAGCGUGAUCCUGAUAGCAUGUUUGAUCUUGCAGGCAUGUUGCACGGUGGUCAGUCGUUGCGUGUUUUCACAAAAUGGUGUUCGGAUGAAAAAAAUAUGAUCAUU